AUGAAAAAGAAAGAUAUGGGAUCUGUCACCAUUCCAUGCACAUUUGGAGAUGGAAAAUUCAAGAAGGCACUUAUUGAUUUAGGAGCUAGUGUGAGUCUUAUGCAUUUAUUCCUCUACAAGAAGCUAGGCAUAGGUAUGGUCCAAGAUACCAAAAUGACACUUCAGUUUAUAGACCACUCAAUGAAGAGACCUUAUGGGAUAUUAGAAGAUAUUAUGAUAAAAGUAGAUAAAUUUGUGUUCCCUGUUGAUUUUGUGAUUCAAGAGAUGCAUGGGGAUGAAGAGAUUCCACUUAUCAUGGGAAUAUUGUUUCUAGAGAUCGGACGAUGCAUGAUAGACAUAGAGGAAGGAACCAUGACUCUAAAGGUCUAUGAUGAAGAAUUGAAGAUUGAUGUCUGA